UCCCGCCCCGACCAUGACCUUCCCGACGGGAUCGCUUCCGAUAUACCACCUGUUUCUUCUUCCUCUCCCCCGUGGAUUCGAUAUCCGAUGGGUAUCUGCAACGCCCCCGCGACCUUUCAGCGAGCCAUGAAUAUGGCCUUUCAGAAUUUCGUGCGGAAGACACGUUUGGCACAGAACAUCAUCAACUACUGCGUGAUUGUGUACAUGGAUGACAUUCUGGUGUACUCGAGUUCCUACGAGGGACACGUGCAGCACAUCGAAUGGGCGCUGCAUGCGUUACGAGAUGCGGGCUUCAAGGUGGCGUUUGAGAAGUGCCAGUUUUUCCUUACCACCAUUUCUUUCCUGGGACACGUGGUGACAGACCAGGGACUCCAACCGGAGCCGCAGAAGGAUUACUCUGGCAUGAUCGGGCGAUGGGCAACGGUGCUGCAGAGCAUGGACUUCGACAUUCGUCAUCGGAAGCACGAGAGACAUGGGAAUGCGGACAGACUGACACGACUGCACCGGCCUGAGAAAGUUCUGAAGAGUGAGGAGGUGAUUUCGUGGAACGAACCCGAACAGGAGAUUGGACCUCGGUACGGCCAAGUGGAGAUCUUGUCGAAGCACGUUUCGAUUCGAGGGGAGUCCGCGGGCUGUAGUAUUGGCGGAGGUGGUGACGGUGCAUCGGCGAGCGGCUCCUGGAACGAGCCACGUCACCACGGUCGCAGCCUUCAACGACGACAUCAGUACGGUCAAUCCUCUGUAGCAUACCGCGAUAGUGACUUCGCUACGAGAGUGGACAGAGCAGGUGUCCAACGUGACGUGGACGCGGACCAGCGAGCAUCCGCGUGUUUCGAAAGCCUGGAAUUGCUGAUCAUACAAGCCUGGAGGACUAACGUGGAAGGUGAUCUCCUCGGUUUUCUCUUCGGAUCAGUGCGGCCGGGACAUCGCCAGCUAAUCGAUCAAGAACUCAUCGUGCCGAUCGUGCAACUGGCGGACGAUCUCUCUCCUGACAUCAUUUCGCAAAGCGACGAUAGCCUCGCUCCAUACGUACUCACGCAACCGUUGGAUCCGUAUCUUCAGUGGAGUGCAUGCUUGGAAGAGUCUGGGGACGAAGACUUUCUACCGUUGCGGCAGGAGUAUCUGAAGCCAUAUGACAUCAUCGCUCACGCUUUCUAUCCGAAGGCAGAGGAGCUGGUGAUAGAGGAGGAGGAAAGCGACGACGACGAGGAAACAUCGGAAGAGGGAAGCUAUAGCGAGUAUAGCGAGGGCGAGCAGAGCGAAGAAGAAGAAGAGAAAGAAGAAACCGGGUCGGAGUAGGAAGCCUUGCCGGAGGAAGCGACGCGUACUGGCACGGAGGCAGAAGAUCCCGAGGCAGCACGCAAGCGGGAAGAAAUUGCCACCGGAAAACGCCAGUUGGAGUUCG